CAUUAUAUUUAAAAGUAUACUCAGUUAAAGUUUUUCUAUAAUUCGGUAAUGAUUACCUGAUUCCAAACCGUUCAAAUCCACAUAACCUCAAAAUCAAAACAAAUCGAAAUGGCAACAAAAUUCAACCCCGCAGCGUACAAUUUUCGCAAAAAAUGCCCUUUCGUGAGCAAGGACCUGCUCCGCUGGUUCCCAGGGCACAUGAACAAGGGCUUGAAACAAAUGCAGAGGAAGUUAAAGUCAGUCGAUUGUGUGAUUGAAGUUCACGACGCAAGAAUACCUUUUACAGGUCGAAAUCCUAUAUUUACGAAUACUUUAACGGGUGCCAAGCCUCACAUACUAGUUCUAAAUAAGAAAGACUUGACUGUAAGUUCAUUAAUACCCCGGAUAAAGGAGCAGUUAAAGGCAGAGGAGGGAGUGCAAAAUAUAGUGUUUACUAACAGUAAAGACCAAAGUUGCCGUGGUUUGAAGACCUUACGGCCGCUGAUGGUUGAUCUUAUUAAAGAUUCGAAUAGAUAUAACAGAAGCGAAGAGUCCGACUACAAUGUAAUGAUCAUUGGUGUCCCAAACGUGGGCAAAUCAUCGUUAAUCAACAUGCUGCGCUCAAGGAACAUGGGCAUCGGGCAUGCGUUGCCGGUCGGCGCGGUGGCCGGUGUCACCCGCAGCGUCCUGAUGAAGAUCAGGAUCAACAAUAAUCCUAAUAUAUUCAUGUUGGACACUCCUGGCAUCCUAGAGCCCUCAGUGACGGAGGUAGAGAUGGGUUUAAAGCUAGCCCUGUGUGGUAAUCUCCUAGAUCACCUCGUAGGCGAGGAGGCCAUCGCGGACUACCUACUCUACUGGCUCAACAAGCAUAGCUGUUUCAGUUAUGUGGACUACAUGGGGCUGAUAGAACCCUGUGACGACAUUAACAAGGUACUAAUAUCCGGUGCAGUGAAGUUCAACCGUAUCCGCCGGACGCGCGACUUCGACGGCACGAUGCGUGACGUGCCAGACUUCAUCGAGGUCGCUCGGACUAUGAUCAAGGCCUUCCGCACCGGGGAGCUCGGCAGGACGGUGCUGGACAUAGAGCUGCUGAAGGACUGUAAGAGGAAAGAGGACCUUAUGGCGUAGGAGGUAGAGUCGAGAUUC